AUGGCAAAACGAACCCUAGAAUCCUUCUUCAAGCCAAUUUCCCCACCGUCAACCGAGAAACGCAUUAAACUUGACCAAUCUGCCGGGGAAUCGCAACCGCAGCAGCCAAACCCAAAAUUUGCGGAUGCAAGAACAUACGAAUCCAUUGUCGAACCAAGCACUCACCCAACCUACCCAAUUCCAAUUCCACACCUACCCUCCCAUAUCGAUGUUGGUAUACAACACGGAACCCCAGCGCGACAAGCACGCAACAUAACCAACCAACCACACCUCGACCUACUAUACUUCCAGCCAUAUAUCGCACGGCAAACGGCAAACGAACUUUUCAAAUUUUUACGGCGAGAACUACCGUUCUACCGCGUCAAAUACUCGAUCAAAAGAGGCGGGGUCGAGACGGCGAUCAAUACCCCUCGCUUUACAACUGUCUUUGGUGUUGAUGCUACGGCGAGGUUCGUGAGGUCGAACCAAAGCACGGAGCCCAACCCAAGCACAGCGCAUAACGAUUUGACCCUCAUAAACGUCGAAACCAAAGUUCCCAUCUCUCCGAACAAAUAUCAAUACAAUCCGCGACCUAUACCACCCUGCCUCGAUAUCCUCCGCCAGCAAGUUGAAGCCGCAACAGGCGCAACCUAUAACUUCUGUUUGGUAAACUACUACGGCAGCGGCGAGGAUAGUAUAUCCUUUCACUCGGACGAUGAACGAUUCCUAGGUGACCAACCGAAUAUUGCUUCGUUGUCGCUCGGCGGGGAGAGGGAAUUUGUCAUGAAGCAUAAACCACCUCCUACUUCCACUGCUAGUUCACAUGGCGUCGGGACCGGCACUAGGAGUACAACCGGGAUGAAUGGUGACACCCGAAGUAAAACGGUCUCGGAUAACAACACAACGUCAACAGCCCCAACUCAAAGAAGUUCCCCUUUCCAGGGAUCCGGUACGACUGAUUCCCAACAUGCAGUUGCACAACCACCUUCACAUGGGCAGAUGCACCUCCAGACUGGAAUGAAAAGCACUGCAUCGCAGCAGAUCAAAAUGCCCCUCGCAUCGGGUGAUAUGGUUGUAAUGCGGGGUGACACCCAAGCCAAUUGGUUGCAUAGUAUACCGAAGAAACGGGGUCGGGCGGGGGAUGCGGUGCGGGGGCGAAUUAAUAUUACGUUUCGAAAGGCGGUUGUACCUGCUGGCACGAACAAUUAUUAUCAUUAUAAUGUUGGGAGUGGGCCUGUUUAUCGAUGGGAUGAGAAGAGGGGUGUGAUGGACGUUAUGAAGUAG